AUGGGUAAGAUCGCAUGGUGGCCUGUGAAGGAUCAGGAUGGAGAGGAGCCACAGGGCAGCCUGCAGGGUAUACAUUUUCAGCUGGAUGAAGUCACAGACCAGAUGAAGAAGAACCUGAAAAAAAUUCUACAGGUUGAAAAUAAUCUGCACGACCUCUUGGACACAUCCGAAAAGAUGGACAUCGAGGCUAAGAAGCUCAGGCAGAAGUCCAACGAAGUGGCUCGCUCCUGUUGGUGGAAGAACAUCAAGCUGGUUGAGGCCAUUGUGGUGGUCGCCCUCAUCAUCGUCCUCAUAAUCAUUCUGCUGGCCACCGGCGUCAUCCCUGUCAAUGCAUCUGUGCUGCCCAUAACAGCCACCACCACACCCUAA